AUGCCAACGAUUCAAAUUGUCGAACAAGGAGCUCACGUGUUGUUUGCGCGACAGGCCCAAGGCGAAGAUGCACCAGCUGAGUUGGAAUGGCGAAGUAGUGAAUUGAGCGCUACGAAUCUUGCACAUCUAGACGUCCCGGGUAAUUGCUUCAUAUUUGCGUCCUCCAACGUGUACAUGCAAUCAGAACAUCUUCGCCAUGACCUAUCUCGUCAUUUUCAGAUACCAGAUUGGUUCUGGGGUGGACGGUACCUGUCGUCCAAUGGAAGCUUUGGAAGUGACGAAGUCUACGACAACGAUACCCAGGCUUACACACCUCAAAUUUGGUCGCAAUAUUUAGUGAAGCAGCUGGAGCAAAACACUGGCUACAAGCAUCAUGGCUAUGUGUGGUAUUCUAUUAAGAUCUUUGCAUUCCAAAAUGCCUCUGGUAAAACGAGUGUGCUUUGUCUUGACACCCCAGAUCGUUUCCGUCUGCGGCUUCUUGAAAGUCUGAAGUCUCGUGGUUGGAGAUCUGAUGAUCCAGAUAUAUACCAAUUGCACACAUUCCUCCUUGACCAGAUCAUAAACCUUUACGAUGAGUCAGUAUGGGCACUACGGGACCUUGUGCGAAACUUAGAAAGAGGACGAACUGGAAUCCGUCACGUUGAGCCCGACUUUCCUGUUCUUCAUGAUAUUGCCAGACAUGCAAUCCAUGUAUCAGAAACCCUCGAUGUUGCGAUUGAAAACAUGUCCAGCAUGCUUCGGCAAUACACAUCUUUUCCAGAGGACCGAUCAUUCCAAUCUGCGGAGGAAAAGACGAAAUCCAGGCGGACGACUCAAUGCUUCAACUUUCAAAUGCAAACGCUCAAAGGGCUCAAAGCACGAUCAGCUUCGAAUCAAGCUAGAAUGCAGAACGAGAUCACCUUGGCGUUUAAUCUUGUUACUCAGCGUGACAGCCAGGUAGCACUCAGCAUCAGUGGAGCUAUGCGCAGUGACAGCACUGCAAUGAAAACGGUCGCCAUACUCACCUUGACUUUCUUGCCAGCAACCUUUGUUUCGGCAAUUUUCAGUACCAGCUUCUUUGACUUCUCUCCACCCGCCCAACCAAAGACUGCAACUUGGACCGUUUCAAACAAAUUCUGGAUCUAUUGGGCAUUUGCUGCUCCUCUUACUGUUGCAACAGUUGUUUCCUGGUUCGUCUGGCAGCGUUGGUACAUAAGGAAGUCUGCUCAAAUGCAUGCUUGA